AUGGAAGUCGAGCAGGACAAGUCCUCUGAUAUCGGACAGGGUGCCACAUAUGAGGUCAUGAAAGAGCCUAGUGCCCCCCGUACGGAGUACGAGGAGUACUUGGAGCUUUCCAGGGUCUUCACUGGCGUUCGCCUGAAGAAGCUUCUAUGGAAGGUCGACUGGCAUGUCCUCCCCCAGCUAAUCAUCAUCUACCUCAUGUCCUAUGUCGAUCGUACGAAUGUCGGAAAUGCGAAACUAUUUGGCGCCCUUCCAGAUCUGAGACUGUCCGGUCAAGACUGGAACACCGCCCUUUCUAUCUUUUUCGUAACCUACGCUUUCGGUGGCGUGCCGUCCAAUAUCGGACUGAAGCGAUUCGGUCCUAAGAUCUGGUUGCCAGCGCUCCUGCUCUCGGUCUCGCUCAUCCUGAUAUUCUCUUCUCUGCAGCAGAACCGGGCUGGUUGGAUGGCGUUUCGUGUUUUACUUGGGUGGUUUGAAGCUGGCGUCUUCCCCGGUUGCUCAUUCGUUCUCACUAUGUGGUACUCCCCAGCCGAGGUUCACUCACGCAUGACAAUAUUCUAUUGCGGUGCUUCUGCCGCCGGCGCUUUCUCUGGUCUCUUGGCGUACGGUAUUGGCCAUCUUGACCAUACAUGGGGAUUCCGUGGAUGGAGGUUCAUCUACUGCAUUGAAGGACUUUUCUCGGUACUCCUUGCCCUCGGCGCGUUCUUUCUUCUCAACGAUACUCCCGCCAAGGUUACAAAGUGGCUCACUCCGGAAGAGCAGAGGUUCCUGGUUCUUCGAAGUCGAUACUCGGCGGGUGGUGAGACUGGCAUUGCUGAAAAGGAAGAAUUCUCGUGGAAAUCAGCCAAGGAUGCUUUCAAGUCGUUCCACAUUUAUGCUAUUGCUGCUAUGGAGUUCACGCUCUGUGUUACGGUUUACGGCUACUCAUUCAUUCUGCCGACUGUUAUUAACAACCUCGGUUACUCGGCAGCCAAUGCUCAAGCGAUGACCGUUCCACCCUACAUAUUUGCAUCCAUCGUCACCGUAUUCAGCGGGUGGUGUGCAGACCGUUACAAGCAGAGGAUGCUUUCUGUGCUUUUACCCAACUUGUUGGCUGUUACAGGCUUUGUCAUCAUGAUGGUCACCGUGAGAUAUCCUCAUCUCACUGGAGUCACAUUGCUUGGUGUUUUCUUUGCCACAGCCGGUCUCUACCCCGUAUCUCCUAAUGUGACAGCGUGGAUUGCCCUGAACCUAUCUGGUUCAAUGAAGCGUGCAGUCGGCAUCGGUGCUAUGAUUUCUUUUUCACAACUCGGAGGAAUUGUAGGAUCCAACAUCUAUAUCGCCGAGCAAGCACCUACAUACCCGGUGGGAUUUGGGAUCUCUCUCGGCAUGCUUUUCGUCUUUGGUGUAGUCUGGCCGAUCAUCUACUAUUUCAUUCUGAAGCGCAUCAACGCAAAGCGUGCAGCAAUCCCUGCCGAGGAAGUGCAUGCCAAGUAUACCGACCAGGAACUAUCCGAGAUGGGUGACCGGAGCCCUCUUUUCAGUACGCUGCUGACGAGCAACAUGAGCACGAAUUCCCCUACGGUGCCUGAGAUACGCCGAGGAGAGAAGCCAUGUCGGAACUGUCGAGCAGCUCAGGUUGACUGCACCUAUGCAGACCAUGAGAGGGUUCUCACCGUCCCGGAAAGUUAUCUCAGAAGUCUGGAAGCCGACCGUGAUCGAAGGAGAUGGGACACGCGAAGCCCUCAAUCAGCUCCUCAUGCCAUUCAGGAUGCAGAUGCCGGAGUUUCCUCAAGCGACACUCGCAAUGUCAAUGCCAACCACCAGACAAUUGAAAACUCUGCGCCCGAGGCAUUCUUGGCCAAGGUGAAUCAACUUCGCCAGAGCACUACCUUUUCAGCCAUUUCUGACCCUUCACUUGGGGACAAUCUGGAUUCUGCAAAUGGCGGCGGGAGCUCAAAAGCAGUGACUGUUCCCAAUGCAUAUGAAUACUUUCGCUUGUCUUUUGACACCUCACAUACUCCUAUCUCUCUCAGUCUUCCACCCUAUCCAUACGCAGUUCACCUCUUGGACCAGUUCGACAUCUAUCUGGCACACGAUUACCACUGGUUCCUCUGCAAAACUUUCAAAAAACGCCUAGAGCGUACCUACAGACAACUCAACUCCCCUGAAUCAAAAGAUCGGCUUUGGCUGUGUCUGCUGCUAAUUGUAUUUGCCCUGGGAGAAACCUUCGUGAACUACCAUACCCCAGUGAUCCAUAUCGACUCGAACGCGAGCUCAGCUUCGCAUAUGGAAGAUCGAAACGAAGACUCCUCGUCGCCAACGGCUCUUCCAGGGACGUCUUUCUUCGAACAAGCUCUCGUUCUUCUCAAGCUACCAUAUGAAGAGCCGAGCAUCGAAUAUGUCGAGCUUCUGAACCUCGCUACAUUCUACUCAUAUUCCUUAAAUCGAAAGAAGACCGCAUACAUGUACGCGGGCAUGAGUGUCAGAGUUUGCAACUUGCUCAGAAUUCAUCAACCCGCCCCGCAGACAUUCUCUGGCGUCGAGCAGGAGCACCGAAAGCGUCUAUGCUGGACAGCAUAUUGCCUCGACAAGAUGACCAGCAGUGAGCUCGGCAUGAUUCCGUCCUUUCAGCCUGGCCAGAUCAAGCUUGAGUACCCGAGCAGUGAGCAGCUGCGACCCGAAGAGGCGUGCGAGUUUCACGAGGCCGACUUUCUCCGUGCGCGUAUCCAGCUGACGUUCAUGAAGGCCGAGGCCGACGUGUUUAUCGACAUGUGGCAGUCCAUUAGAGACGACGUCUCGGAUAUCCAACGGCGUGUGAGGCCUAUUCUGCUGAAGUUGGAGCAAUGGUUCCGGGAUGAUCUGCCGUCAUACAUGAGCUUUGACUGCGAGUCUGGCUUACCCGAAGCGAUGGUACAAAUGCCGAAUAUGCGAUCACUCUGUUCGUUUUAUCUUCGGUGCCAGCAGUGCUUUAUUCUACUGCUCCGCCCUCUGUUCCUCAAACAGAUCACGUACAUUGUCUCCGACGACGUGGACAGCGCGGCACAGGAUGAAAAUCUCAGAGAUUUCAGCAACACCUGUCUCCGCGCUGCGCGGACUAACCUCUCUAUACUGAUCGGCUUGUGGCAUUUGGACAGAAUUGCCAAGUUCGGGUUCUGGGACAGCGUACAUCUCUUCUCGAGCCUGACCAUAUUCUCCCUGGCCAUGUCCGUCAACAGGCGGAGGCCUGGGAGCUUUGAUGAAAAGGACGUGGACUUCAUGACGUACUCGACCGCCAAGGAUCUACUCCGCGACAUGGUGAAAACAGGAAAUCUGGCGAGCAAGGGACACGAGAAGAUGCUCUUGGACGUCGAGGCCCUGGGCGAAGUGCUGGGGGCGAUGCAAACAGACGGAUCCGACUUUGUCAUGGAGCAGUACGACAUGGAUAACUGGAUGGCGCAAGUGCUGAGCAUGGACUCGAUUACCAUGUUUUAG